CAAAACCUUAUGCGCCCUCUCUCCAUCGGCGACGGUUUCCUUUUCCUCACCAGUCUCUCGCUCUCUCGCUCUCCCUCCGGCGACGGCGGCGAUCACCGGCGAACCCAACGGCAGACUGCAACCAGUAGCGGCGGUUGGGGGUUAUACGGUUCCUGUGUUCCACCAUUUCUCCCACUCCCUUUGUGAACUUCGCAACCUAUCGGCAUGGGCUUGACAAGUACGGAAUCUUCUCGUAUUCUUCAAGAUAUCGAGACUUUGAAAUCUGCCAAGUCUGACUUAGAACGUCGGAUUUCGGCUCUCGAAUCCCAGCUCCGCGACCUGAAUCAUCACCAGAACGAUGGCGUUUCUAACGGCUCUUGCACUUCACUAUCCACUGUCGAGUCCGGAUUUCCUCAUGGAUUGUCCCCCGAUAUGAUUUACAGAUACAGUCGGCACCUUCUUCUUCCUUCCUUCGGAGUACAAGGACAAUCGAGGCUUUUGAAGUCUUCAAUUUUAGUAGUUGGAGCGGGAGGGUUGGGCUCGCCAGCUUUACUGUAUCUUGCAGCUUGUGGUGUUGGUCGUCUGGGAAUUGUUGACCACGAUGUAGUUGAACUAAAUAACAUGCAUCGGCAGAUUAUCCACACUGAGGCAUAUAUUGGUCGGUCAAAAGUAGAAUCUGCUGCUGCUACUUGUCACUCGAUCAACUCUACUGCUCAGAUUAUUGAACACAAGGAAGCUCUUCGCACGUCAAAUGCUUUAGAAAUUUUUAGCAAAUAUGAUAUUAUAGUAGAUGCAACAGAUAAUGCUCCUAGCCGGUACAUGAUUAGUGAUUGUUGUGUGGUGCUGGGAAAGCCUCUUGUGUCUGGUGCAGCACUAGGUUUGGAAGGGCAGCUCACAGUUUACAAUUACAAUGGUGGUCCAUGCUACCGAUGCCUAUUCCCAACUCCCCCGCCAACAACUGCAUGCCAAAGGUGUGCUGACAGUGGUGUUCUAGGAGUAGUUCCUGGGAUCAUUGGUUGUCUUCAAGCGCUGGAAGCUAUAAAAAUAGCAAGUGCAGUUGGUGAGCCGCUUUCUGGACGGAUGCUUCUAUUUGAUGCCUUAGCAGCAAGGAUCCGAAUUGUCAAGAUUCGUGGAAGGUCAUUGCAGUGUGAAAUUUGUGGAGAGAAUGCUAAAUUCAAUGCGGAGCAAUUUCGAGAAUUCGACUAUGAAAAGUUCACCCAGUCCCCAUUAUCUACGUCUCCCCUGAGAUUAAAACUACUGGAGCCACACUCGAGAAUAGGCGCCAAGGAGUACAGGGAUCGACUUGGUAAUGGUGAAGCACAUGUGCUAGUGGACGUUCGUCCGGAGCACCAUUUCAAGAUUGUUUCUCUUCCCAACUCCCUGAACGUGCCGCUGGGGAGUUUGGAGGGUAGGCUGGAUGAAAUCGCUUCAGCUUUGAAGGAACAUUCAGACUCCUCCAGCUCCAGUGAUGGUGUUCAGUUAUACGUUGUUUGUAGAAGAGGCAAUGAUUCUCAAAGAGCUGUAAAGUAUCUCCAGGAGCAAGGAUUCGAUUCAGCUAAGGAUAUCAUUGGCGGAUUGGAGGGUUGGGCCCACGAGGUGGACCCCACUUUCCCCACCUAUUAAUUUGCUUGCCCCUUCAAACUUCCCAUAUGGUUGACUUGUUUGUCGUUCACUUAGAUUUUUUAUUUCAGGUAUCUAAUUGUUAUAAUAUGGCAACUUCAUUGUACCCAUCAUACUGAAUGCAUAUAAUCAAUUUCUCCUCUGUAGCUUGCUGUGAGUUUUGGCCACUUAUAGCAAUAUAGUGGAGAGAUUGAAGUUGGCCAUCA